GAAGGAUUGCUUGACAGGAGCGAGAGAUGCAUGGUGGCUGCUGGGUGGCUCCUGGCUGACAAAGAGUGCGGAUGAUGGCGGUGAUGCUUUUGACAUCGGGCGACUCCAUUCCGCAUAUUGGUGGUGGGUGGAGCAUCACGAUUGGCUUGAUUUGACAAUCCUCAGUCAGCUUUUCAUAAGCCUGGCAUGAGCUCCCCUCUAGGUGCCAUCAUGGUGCCCCUCACUAAUACCACUACGACUUGCGUGGACUUGCAACUGCAAGGGUCCUGAAGGUCCCAAGCCCGUCAAAAGUGCUGGUAGUUUACGAGCUGGUGCGGGUUGUCCCCCUCCUUGUUCGAAAUCGAAAACUGAACAGAUCGAGACGCAGUAGUCGUGGCAACGGAGACACCCCAAUGGAUCGGUCAUCAUCUGCUGACGCUCAUGAGAGGCUGCUUCAGUAAGGAAUCAGAAGUGAGAAAUGCUCGACAGGGGUUGCCGGCGUUUGUGCGUCAUGAAGCCAUGAAGCCACCAGCCAGAGGCGGGGCCUUUUUUGUUGUUUGGUACGAGAAGCAUUUACCAUUUCCGAGAGACAGAAAGCAACGGAUACAAAAGCCUUGCCUGAUCCCCCGUUUUGUUCUCGGAUCUUCUUCUCUCCAUCCUCAGCUACAUUUGUAUUCCAUAUCAUUCAAGAUACACAGUUCAAUCCAGUCACCAUGGCUCCCAAGGUCGCUAUCGUCUACUACUCCAUGUACGGCCACGUCGCCAAACUGGCCGAGGCCGAGAAGAAGGGCAUCGAAGAAGCCGGUGGCUCUGCUGAUGUUUUCCAAAUCGAAGAAACCCUCCCCGGGGAGGUUCUGAGCAAGAUGCACGCCCCAGCCCAAGACACAUCGAUCCCUUUCAUCACGCCCGACGUGAUGAAGACCUACGACGCCUUCCUCUUCGGCAUCCCGACCCGCUACGGCACCUACUCGGCCCAGUGGAAGACCUUCAUCGACAAGCUCGGCCAACUGUGGAUGAGCGGAGCCCUGUACGGCAAAUACUUCGGCCUGUUCGUCAGCACGGCCACCGCGGGCGGCGGCCAGGAGUCGACCUGCAUCAACGCCCUGUCCUGCUGGGUGCACCAGGGCAUGAUCUACGUGCCCCUCGGAUACGCCACGACCUUCCAGCUGCUGAGCAACCUGGACGAAGUCCGCGGCGGAUCGCCCUGGGGCGCAGGGACCUUCGCCUCGGGCGACGGCAGCAGACAACCCACCCCGAAGGAGUUGGAGCUCGCGCAGGCCCAGGGCAAGGGCUUCUACGAGACCGUCAGCAAGGUGAGCUUUGCGUGACUAGAUGGCAGCAACAAGGACGAAAGGAAGGUGGAGGCUGCCGCUGCUGCGAAGCCUCAGCCUGCGCCCACAACAACGCCGGCGCCGGCGGCAGCAGCAGCAGGAACGAAAACAACCCAGCAGCCUGCGACCACGAAUGCGGAUGACGAAAAGACCGAGAGCGGACCGUGUGGGUUGCCGAAAAAAUGUGUCAUCCUAUAAGUGCCAUCUUAUGCUUGGGUGAGAAGCAAAACCAUCUGGGAAAGAGAAGGAUCUGUACCGACAUUUGACUGAUCCCAUGCUCAAAAGAAAAAUCUACAUAAAACGACGUUAACGAAGAUUUGAGGAGUUGUAUAGAAAAACCCCUACCAGACAAACAUCUAUAUACCAAAUGAACUAUUUUGAAUACGUCAA